CUCGGCCCAGAGGGCCGCCUCCGUGGCCCAGCAGCAACAGCAGCAACAACAACAACAACAGCAGCAACAGUCCCGUAGGGGGCGGGGGUAUGGCCGGCGGUGGAGCCGGCAAUGGACCCACGCUACCACCCGCCCUUUCCGUCAAUCUGAAGCGUCCUUCCUCCGAGGAUGUGGACGAUCAGCAGCAGCCGCAUGGCCCCCACGCCGUCGUCCCAUCGGAUGCGGCUGGUCCACCUGGCGUCAAGAGGAGCGCCAUCGACGAUCCCAGCGGCGUCCGGCCGCCCCUCACACGCGGAGAAUCACUGCCCGCUGCCGUCAGCUACGUACCGGAGCGGCAGCUUAAUUUGCGGGACAAGCAGCAGCCGGUGCGGGCGCCCAGCUUCGAUGCCUCGACCUUCAAAGCAGGCGAGCACCUGUCCCCGGCCAGUCGACGAAAUGGAUCUAGCCCGCCCUCGGGACCGCUGCCCCCACGCAGCGUACACUCGCCGAAUAGUUCGGGCUCCUCGUCGGGUCGGCGCUCGUCGGGCUCCCGGCACGUGUCCAGCACAACCGUCACAAGCACAGAGGUGGGCGGUGCGAAUGCCGGGCAGGCGUCCGUGCCCGGUGGACUUGGCGGCGGAAGUGGCGGCGGUGGAGGAGCCAGCUCUUUGAGCGUACCGGGCGGCGGCAGCAACUCUCAGUUGUCCGGUGGCAGUGCCACACCUGGCAACGGCGGUGGACCCUCAUCGAUGCCGCCUGGCGCGGGUGCCGGCGACGGAAGCUCGGCCGGGGGCAGCAAUGGCGGCUCCGGCAUUGGCGGUGGCGGCCCGUCCGGAAGCAAUGGCAGCGGAGCAGUGAAUCCCGGACCCGGAGCAGCGGCAGUCAGGGCACGCCAGGCAUGGGCAGCGGCGGAGGAGCUGGUGCCGGUAUCAGUGGGGCGCCGGGCGGCAGUGCAGCAUCAAAUUCAGCAGCGGCGGCAGCGGCUGCGGCCGCCCAGAAUGCCACGCUCAAGUGCACCCUGUGCCAGGAGCGACUAGAGGACACACACUUUGUCCAGUGUCCGUCGGUAAAUCAUCACAAGUUCUGUUUCCCCUGUAGCCGCGAAAGCAUCAAGCGGCAGAA